AGCAGUGUGUGUGCAUGUGUGUGUGUGUGAGAGAGGGAGAAGAGCGAGAGGGAGAGAGAGGGAGAGGGAGAGGGAAACGCAGGAGGGAGAGAAAGGGAGGGAAGCAGAAAGCCAAGUCCGAGGCAAUGAGCAAGGGAGGCGAGAGAUAGGGGAAGAAGCAUGAGAAAGAAGGAAUAACAGCUUUCCGGAGCAGGCGUGCAGUGAGCUGGCUUCUAUUUUAUUUUUCUUUUCCUUUUUAUUUUUUAAAGAGAAGCAGGGGACAGAAGCAAUGGCCGAGGGAGAAGACAAGCCGAGGUGCUGGUGACCCUGGGCGUCCAAGUGGAUUAUUGGGGCUGUUCUCCAGGGGCCUGUCCUCCCUGCCUUCCAAUUGCACAUAACCCCACAUCCCAGCCAAUGAAGACAAGAGGCAACGGGAACAAAGUCAUUUAGAAAGCCCCCGAGGAAGUGUAAACAAAAGAGAAAGCAUGAAUGGUGUGCCCGAGCGACAAGUGUGUCCUGUGCUGCCCCCACCUUUAGCUGGGCCAUCAGCAGCCCAGCCCUGCCUCUCCCCACCUACUCACUGGUGAUCUGACUUUUUUUUUUUUUUUUUAACAAUUUUUUCCCCUUUUCUUUUUCAUUCUCUUUUCUUAUUCUCCCUCAGGGCAAGGCAAGGAUUUUGAUUUUGGGACCCAAGCCAUGGUCCUUCUGCUCCUUCUUUAAAAUACCCACUUUCUCCCCAUCGCCAAGAGGCCUUUGGCAAUAUCAGAUAUCCGCUCUAUUUAUUUUUACCUAAGGAAAAACUCCAGCUCCCUUCCCACUCCCAGCUGCCUUGCCACCCCUCCCAGCCCUCUGCUUGCCCUCCACCUGGCCUGCUGGGAGUCAGAGCCCAGCAGAACCUGUUUAGACACAUGGAGAAGAAACCCAGAGCUACAAGGCACACAGUCGGCUUCUUCGUGCUCAGGGUUGCCAGCGCUUCCUGGAAGUCCUGAAGCUCUCGCAGUGCAGUGAGUUCAUGCACCUUCUUGCCAAGCCUCAGUCUUCGGGAUCUAGGGAGGCCGCCUGGUUUUCCUCCCUCCUUCUGCACGUCUGCUGGGGUCUCCUCCUUGCCAGGCCUCACAGCCUCCCUGGCCUCUCUCCCCGGCUCGCAUAUGAAGAUGCACUUGCAAAGGGCUCUGGUGGUCCUGGCCCUGCUGAACUUUGCCACGGUCAGCCUCUCUCUGUCCACUUGCACCACCUUGGACUUCAGCCACAUCAAGAAGAAGAGGGUGGAAGCCAUUAGGGGACAGAUCUUGAGCAAACUCAGGCUCACCAGUCCUCCCGAGCCAUCGGUGAUGACCCACGUCCCCUACCAGAUCUUGGCCCUUUACAACAGCACCCGGGAGCUGCUGGAGGAGAGGGAGGACGGCUGCACUCAGGAAAACACCGAGUGGGAGUACUAUGCCAAAGAAAUCCAUAAAUUCGACAUGAUCCAGGGGCUAGCGGAGCACAACGAGCUGGCUGUCUGCCCCAAAGGAAUCACCUCCAAGGUCUUCCGCUUCAACGUGUCCUCGGCAGAGAAGAAUGGAAGCAACCUGUUCCGAGCAGAGUUCCGGCUCCUGCGCGUGCCCAACCCCAGCUCCAAGCGCAGCGAGCAGAGGGUGGAGCUCUUCCAGAUACUGCGGCCAGAUGAGCACAUCGCCAAACAGCGCUAUAUCGGUGGCAAGAAUCUCCCCACGCGGGGCGCUGCCGAGUGGCUGUCUUUUGACGUCACUGACACUGUGCGUGAAUGGCUCUCGCGAAGAGAGUCCAACUUAGGUCUGGAAAUCAGCAUUCAUUGUCCAUGUCACACCUUUCAGCCUAAUGGAGACAUCCUGGAAAACAUUCACGAGGUGAUGGAAAUCAAAUUCAAAGGUGUGGACAGCGAGGACGACCAUGGCCGUGGAGAUCUGGGGCGCCUCCGGAAGCAGAAGGACCACCAUAACCCUCACCUAAUCCUCAUGAUGGUCCCUCCACACCGGCUGGACAACCCGGGCCAGGGGGGCCAGAGGAAGAAGCGGGCCCUGGACACCAAUUACUGCUUCAGCAACGUGGAGGAGAAUUGCUGUGUGCGCCCUCUCUACAUUGACUUCCGACAGGAUCUGGGCUGGAAAUGGGUCCAUGAACCUAAGGGCUACUACGCCAACUUCUGCUCAGGCCCUUGCCCAUACCUCCGCAGUGCAGAUACAACCCACAGCAAGGUGCUGGGCCUGUACAACACCUUGAAUCCGGAAGCAUCUGCCUCACCUUGCUGCGUGCCCCAGGACUUGGAGCCCCUGACCAUCCUGUACUAUGUUGGGAGGACCCCCAAGGUGGAACAUCUCUCUAAUAUGGUGGUGAAGUCCUGUAAGUGUAGCUGAGACCCCACCUGCGACAGAGAGAGAGGAGAGAGAACUGCCACUGCCUGACUGCCUGCUCCUCGGGAAACACAAAAGCAACAGACCUCACCUUGAGGCCUGGAGCCCACAACCUGCAGCUCCAGGCAAAGGGCUGAGACGGAGGUUCCCUUUUGGAACAUUUCUCUUUCUUGCUGGCUCUGAGAAUCACUGUGGUAAAGAAAGUGUGGGUUUGGUUAGGGAAAGGCCGAACUCUUCAGAACACACAGAUUUUCUGUGGUGUAGACAGAGGUGGUGGGAACAGAGGAAGAGGGAUGGCAAGUCGACACGUCGUACGGCAAUGGGAUUUGGGAUACCUAGGGAGGAGAAGGGCAGAGAAGGACUGGGACAGGGCCAGACUGGAAGACACUUCUGCUGCCCCACAUCUGCUCUAGGAAAUCUGGAUUACGUUAUACCAGGCAAGCAUUUUUCUUCAGACAGGUUACCAAGACAUGGUCCCAGCAUUGUAUCUCAGACUGUCUGGGAUUAAGGACAAAUCUGUUCUUUUUGCAAAGUGUCCUGUUGACAUCAAUCAGCAUCAAGGGUCAUUACAGGGAAAAAGUCCAGGUCAUGUAGUUGUGGGCCACCAACUAUAUUGGGCCCUGUGGAUAUGCUGAACUCAGAAGCAGAAGGUGGGAACGAACCCUCUCCUGUCUGCCCUCUGGGUCCCUCCUCGCGCCUUCUUCCUAGAUCGUAUUUCCCCUUGGACAUUUGGCUAGACACCUUCCAGGUCAGGGUGCACAUACCUGAAUUUUGGGUCUGUGCAGCCUUUGGGGCAUUAUGGGUCCCCCUGUCCCCCCAAGACCCCGUGUUCCUCUGGUGUUCCUGGAAGCAGGUGCUACACGUGAGGGACAUGUGGGGGAAGCUGCAUGUGUGCCGCACAGCGACUUGGCCCCACAUGUGUAGACUGAGGUAUAAAGACAAAUACAAAUAUUACUCUCGAAAUCUUUGUAUAAAUAAAUAUUUUUGGGGAAUCUUGAAUCGUUCCAUCUUCUGGAAGAUUGCUUCUAGAACAGUAAAAGCCUGAUUCUAAAGUGCAAGUCUGACUCAGUAAAUAUCCUCAAUGACCCUUUUCUUAAUUCUAUGUCCAUACCUACUACUCAGAGGUCACUGGAAUCGGGGCAGAAAAUCUCAAAUACGGAACACACUGCUGAGUGUGAACACCCUGCACAGUGGCACCUGGGCUGCCUUCUGCUGUCUGAGAAGACUGCACUACUGCUUGAGUUCUCAUUUUUCUUCAGUGUAUAUUAUUCUCAGACACACUGAGGCAGUGGCUCAGAUUUGCAGAAAGUACAGUCUGUGAAUUUGACCUACAAUUAACUACGGGCAAACAUCACUUGGCAUGAGCACUUGCCUAUGGAAAUGUGUUGGUUUGCACAUUCACUAUAAGUUACCAAAAUCAUCAUUUUUGAAAAUCUCUGCUCACCCUCCAAAUCAGUUGAGAAUAAGAGAAACUGUCAGUGGCAAAUGGCCUAAGAAGAAGCUGCCAAUUCUGUUACCAGGUUAAGCCUAAAAGAGCUCCCCAGGAACCCCUUUUCAGACAAUGGGCCUCUUGUCAGGGAUCUGGGAACGGGAGAGGGCAAGAAAGCAGCCUUGUAGUUGCCUUUUGAGGUCACAGAUCCCAGAGCAACGCAGAAUUCUACGUGGCAUCAAGGUCCACCGGAAGCAACCACCUGCAGCGCGGAACCAUCCAGCGGCUCCCGAAAAGCAUGUUCCUUCUUCUAUUGAAAUCACUUUACCACUCACUGGUAAAAUAGUGUACGUGAAGCUAAAAUUUGCAGGGUGCGGGAUGUGGACGAUUUAUGCCUGUGCCUCUGUGUUUGGUCACCAAGACUUUUCUCCUGCUUUGUCCCUGCCCAGCCAAUCCUAAGGGCUUCUCUCUCAGCCUGCAUCCCACGUGGCACCCAUUUACUUCCACUUCAGGGCCUACUGUGUCCCUGCUCCCAAAUCAUGGCAGGUGAGGUCAUGUUCCAUCCUACCUAAGGGAGCAGUAGCUCUGGAGAGGGGAUGUGGCACGCCCAGCCCUUCGGCCACCCGCCAUGGCUAUCUCGACUUUCAGAGUCUACUCACUUGUGGCUGCCAUUCUCAAAUUUCAGUGGGCAUGAGAAUCACCCAAGUGUUUAUCAAAAACGUACAAUUUCAUGCUGCAAUUCUGGAGAUGUCUUUAGAGCUGGGGUAGGGUGCAGGCUGCCUAAAAACUACAUGUUGAGGAGCAGUGUGCAAUACUUGACAUUGUUGGUCCUUACGUGAGCUUCAAUAGGGAAGAAGGGAAUAGCCUUUCUGGCCCUAGAAUAGACUUUCCUUGUUAUCCAACCUCAUGGGAUGCUACUAAAACCAAUGAACCAAGGCAACGUGUUUCCUGAAGUGUCACAAAGAAAACAGAACGCACUGGGCUCCAACUGUUCUCUUUAUGUUAGAGCUCUAUUCUUAUCUUAAUCAACACAUACAAAUAUGGGCAUCCUCCCCAUUCCACGUGUCACUUACAGGCACUACAGAAACUCAAACCAUUGUCCGUCUUCAAAAAUACACGCUUGUUUUGAGGGAGGGUACAGAGGGACUCUGGGAAAGACACUGCUGCUGGAGGGGGCAUCACGUGACCCAUCUGGUUUAUUACCAAGAGCAGUCUAGUCCUGCUGAAAAUGACUUGAGAGUAUUUGGGUAAGUGAUAGGCGAGAUCUGGAGUCUGGUCUUACACCUGAUCAGCACGUGGGGAAUGCAGGAAGAUUAGCUCGAGGACUCAAUUCUGAUUGGCUACUUAGGGCAAGUCCAAGCACGCUCGUUGAUCUAAAAGCUCUUUCCUGGGCUCACAGCCUCUCAUCCUUUCUCACAAGGUCCAUGGGGCGAGUCUGCCCAAACACCUUAUUUCCCAAUUCUAAACAUCAGCGGGGGACUAUAAAGGAAUUCAAAUUCGUCUCUUAACCGAUUCACAACCAAGUUAGCAAACAGUUAAGUUGUCCUCAGACUACUAACCAGAAGUCCCAGAACAUCUGUAACACAUUCUCUGGGAAAGGACAGACCUCAUCCUUUGCAGGCCAACAGAAUGCUUCAAUGUGCUCAAACCUUUGUUUUCAUCCACCACAAAGGCAACAAAGUCCCUUUCUCUCUGCCGUUCUGGGUGUCACUUUUCUUUGGGGCUUUCAAAGCUGAGUCUAGAGCACAUUGCUGGAGAAACCCCAGACUCUGGAUUUUCACCCAAUAACUCCCUAGGGCCGCUAAGUGAAUCCUUUCGUGGCUUCUGCUGCCCACCUUUCAACUUUUUCUCCAGCAGAAGCCAGAGAGAGGACCUGGGAAACAUGAGGCAGCCACAGAGCAGCAGAGGACAGGCAGGUAGGAAGCCUGUCUGCUGGGGUCUGAUAAUGGAGGCAUUUGCACAGACCGGCCUCCCAGGGGCGGGAGCCGCCCUUGGGGAAUAGCCUGGGCCCACCAUCUGCUGAAAGAAAAUGUAAGAAUAAAACAUCUCUCUAGAGCUCACAUUUCUAAAAUGAAGUUUAAAAAAUUGCUCAGCAAUGAAAUAAAGUGACGAGUUGGUCCCGUU